CAGUUUUCAGUGAAGGUGGACAAUUACGGUAGAUAGAACUCUUUAACGUCAAUUAAUUGACAGAUUUAUUCUCAAAAGUUAAUUCUAAAAAUAACGGUUUUUUUCAAAAUUAAAAUGUCAGUUUUGUGACGUUGUAUAGGAAUAUAGAUGAAGAUAGCUAGCACUUUGGUUUUUAAUCAAGGACGCUACUUGAUGCAGUGAGGUUCAUACGAAAAAUGCUCGUAGAAGUCAGAAUGUCAACACCAAAAUACAUAUAAUCCUAACAGGAGUUAGAUGGAAUGCAAAUUGGUUGAAGACUGUCAACACAAUACGUCUUUGCCAUUGCCAGCUGCAUUUCAAAAUUAUGGUUUGUAUUUACCGUUGUCUACUCCACCUGAUUUAACACCAAUGACAAGUCCUCUGACCAGUGAUCCAACAUCCACAGUAACUGAUUCUAAACAGGACACUCCACAAAUUUUACACAACAGACGCGAAACACCGGAAGGAUUUACCAUGCCAUACAAUUCAGAAAUUAGCCCAAACCAAAUAAAUUUGACAAGUGAAUCAGAGACUUCAUUUAUGUCACUGGUUCCUAAUGAACUAAUCAAUUUAACGACCUCAACACCCUCUAACUGUAUCCCAACUGUAGAUAGCAGUGUAAGAAACGCAAAAUCCUCUAUGGAUUUUUUAGCGGAUAUGAAUAAUGAAACUUUAAUGUUAAAUCAAUCAAAAUGCUAUACUCCAAUGGCAUUCAUUUCCAAAAAAGCAUCGGCAUAUCCAUUGAUGGAAAAACUGAUUUCUUCCAGUCAAACUGUGGGAUCUUUUAACAGAAAGCAACAGAAAGAUAACUAUGCUCAACUAGAUGUAAUUUCCGAUAAUCAUGAUGUUUUAAAAUGGGAUUAUGCUGGAGAUAUAGCUUCGCAUCAUUUAGGUGUUCCAAGAAUUAUUUCACAUUCUAGUCUAUCUUGUCAUCCUAUUAAUUAUGUUGAUUGCACAAAUUACGAUGUCAAUAUGACAAUGACAUGGCCAUCUUCUAGUCCACAUAUUUCUCCAUCUUCUGUAUAUGGUUAUACAGUUCGUAGAAAAUAUAACUUUAAUAGAAGAACUAAUUCUAAUAGAAAUCAGAAUGAAGCAUCAUUAAAGAAAAAAGGAUUUCCUGAAUUCUCUUCAAUUACAAUUAAUCAUGGUUCAUUUAUAUCUAGUCCAGAUCCUGAAGAUGAAAUACAUAAUUUACCAUUGAAUUAUUCAAUUGAUCAAAUAAAUGAUGAUGAUCAUCAUCCUCUAUCACCAUUGAAUUGUUUCAAUAUUGAUGAUGAAGAUCUUAUAAAGUAUAAUCUAAACAGUAAUAGUAGUGAAUUUAGUCUAAAUGAUGAAAAUGAUUAUGAUAAUAUAGAAAAAUUGAAUCUAAAUAAAAGUCAAUCUGUCAUUGAAUUACAUAACCAUAAUCAUCUAGAUAAUGUUUGGAAAGGUACUCAAUCUUCUGAAGAAUAUCUACGACAACAUUUAGAUCAUCUAUUAUUGAAUAUAGAUAAUGAUGUAACUAAAUUACAAACAAUUACAUCCUUUAAUAAUGAUUGGUUAAAAAAUGAAUCACCUGAACUAUGUAUUCGAACAAUGAAAGCGUUGAAAUCCAUUGAUAUAAACAAUCAAAUGAUUACAAAUGACGUAACGAAUAAGAAGGAUAGUGAUAUCAAUGACAAUAAUAAUGAACAGGAAACUUUGGUGAAUCCUUCAGUGGAAAGUAACUACAGACAUGUGAAGGAAUUAAUUAAAAAUAAUAAUAAUGACGACGACGAAUUACAGUCACCUUUAGGAAAUAAGCAGCAUGAUUUAUCUUCAUUGAAGACUACAUCUGUAUUGAACGAUGUAGUAACGGAUUCUUUAUUACACACAAAAGAUAAUAUACCUAAACAAGGAAUUUCAACAAUUCAACCGUCAAUAUGUUCAAAGGAUUUAUCUCAAUUACCUUUGAAUAAUUUUAAUGAAUCAGAAGAAAUGUGUUAUAUUGUAGAUGGUGUGCUUUCAUCAAUACAAGAUACGAAUAAUUACUCAGCUAUUACAACAAUAACACCAUUAAAUGAAAACAUAUGCUAUCAAAAUGGUUUUGAUGCAGAAUCGGAAGGUUGUAGAAGUAGUGUUAUAAUGGAUGAAAAUUGCGAUAAAGAAAUUUCAUCUUAUUGUUAUGAUAUACAUAAUGAAUUCGAUAAUUUAUUAAUGAAAAAUACCGAUAUAAAAUUGGAUGAGAUUUCCAAAUCAUUUACAUCCUCUAUACAAAGUGAUAUACUGUCAACCAUGACAACAACGACAUCAGCAACAACAACAACAACAACCACAAAUAAGAUAAAUAUUUGUAAAACGACUCAGAAUGAUUUGUUAACUACUGAAUGUAAAUCGGUAUCUGAUGGUAUGAAUAUAGCAUUAUCUAAAGUUUGUCCUUCAAUCUUCUCUUCUGGAAUACAAAUAGUUACACAUUAUACUACUCAUAAUUCGCCAUAUCUGCACUAUGCUACUUCCAAAAUCCAAUCAAACAACCUACCUGAAUAUAUACCUUCACAAUAUAGUAAUUUAUCCAUGACUGGGCACGGAUUAUCUCAUUUCAAUCAUGUAUUACGAAACAUACCAACUUCUCUCAAUGUACUUAGUCAGACGGAUACAUCUUCAAUGAAAAAAGAACAUUAUCUUUCAUUUGGUUCUGUUGAAAAUAAAGUUCCCCGAAAUAAAUUUCAUCAAACUAAGAUGGUCAGUACAGGAAAUAAUGGUAUAUGUAAAACGUUCCCUAUACCUAAACCUUCUACGAGGCCAACUGUUGGUUUGCCUUCUUUUAAUUCGAGUAAAACAAGUAAAAAUUCAACUUCAGUAUGCCACCAGCAUAUUAGAUCAACUAUCACAUCAACAUAUAACACAGGAAUUACUCCUUGUGAGUUAUUAACUCAAAAUAUGAACGUUCAACGCAAUGAAAAUAUCAAACCUCGUGAACAUUUGACAUGUGAACAUCCUUUAUCUAGAGAUGACUUUGAAACAAGUUCAGUUAUAUUAAGUCAUAUCUGUCCUAAACAACCUACAUCAGAUCAUAAUGAUCGAACAGUUCAAAAUGAUGUGAAAGCAUACAAAAUGAAAUGUAAUCCUACACAUUUAUGUAAUCAUUUUGAAGAUAAUGUUAAAAAGUUUGAUACCAAGUUAGUUCAAACCACAGAUCUUUACGAUGAAAAUGAAUGUACAUGUCAUCAUACCUACAGAAUUCAACCUGAUAAUUUUAAAGAUUCAGGAAUUAAAACAUCAUUUGAAUGGGUUGAAAAACUACUUGCUUGUCAUGCAAAACUUGUCAAUAAUAAGAAAUAUACUGAAGAAAGUAUGAAACGUAAAAUGUCACAAUCUGUUUGUUUGACACCACGAUCAACUCUUAUAGCUCAGAUGAGAUAUAUACUCUUAAAACAAAAACUCAAGUUAUUACAUACUCGGGAUGCUUAUUAUUUAAGAAAGCGUAUAGUGAAUCAUCUUGAAAAACUUUUGGAACAAAUAGUUUCAUCAAAUACACCACCUUUGUCAAACUCUGUACCUGAUGAUUGGGAUACAGAUACAGAAUCUUUAUUAUCAGAUUUAUUUGAAAAAGAUAUUGAUUUAGAUGAUAAUCAAAUGAAGAAGUUCAUUCCUAUAUCAAAGGACUUGAAAUCUGAAAAGAAUCAAAAAUGUAGAUUAUCAACUGAUGAAUACGGAGAAGAUGGACGAAUACACGAGAAAGUGUUGAGCAAACGAUCAUCCUCAUGUAAUGGAGAAAUAUGUCAUAGAACUUCUCCCUUUGAAGUGGCACAAAAAGAUGUUCCGAAGUCUGGCAUAACAAAUAAAACUGAAUGUAAAGAUAAUGAUAAACAAUUCACUGGUAUCAAGAAACAAUCAGAGAAUCAAUUAAAUAAGAUGGUUAUGAAUUUACCAUUCAGUCAACCUAGUUUACAACCUUCAUCAUGUAUGAAUUUCAUCUAUAAUGAUCAUCAUGUUAAACAUGAAAAGUUGUCCAAAGAUCAUUCCUUAUUAAAUACAAACUUUCAAUUAUAUCCAUCAUCAGAAAAUAUAGUGAAUGGGUUAUGUGCAGCAUUAGGAGGUAUAUCAUGGUUUCAACCUUUAAAUGAAGAAAAACGUCAAUCCAUAAGAAAUCAUUCAAUAGUAAUUAAACAUUCUAAAUUCAAUGAUCAUCUUUCUUUAAAGAACAAUCCAAUAUCAUUCAAUGAACCCUGUUCGAAUAGUAAAAGUGUAUAUGCAUCCAAGAUUUCAUAUUCUAUACCAACUUAUAUAGACAUAAAAAGUGAUCAUUUUGAUUUCAAUGAUAUUGGCAACUUGAAUAAUCAUUCAUUACAUAAUGAUGAAGGGAAUGAUAUUUAUUCAUGUCAAUGUAAUAUGACAGAAUCUCCUGACAUAAUAAAUGAUAACAGUCAAGAACAAACUGUAACAUCGAGAUCUCUUGAAGAUAUUCAAUGCAAUAACCUUCAUCAUAUGGAGAAUACAACACUAAGUACCGUGGACAAAUUGGCUUACGAAGAGAAACGUAAUAACUUGUCAAAUCCGAAAAUAACUUAUGAAAUUAGCGAUAAUCCUGACGGUUACACAGAUAUUCAAGGUAUAUUUAGAAAAAAAAUGUCAUCAUGGAUAUCACGUAGUGAAGAACGUCAAAGACGUUUACGUUUUAUUAUUCAGGAACGCCGCUACCGAAAAGAAAAAGAUGUAAAGCGAGCCGAAGUCUUAAAUCCAGCUGUAUCAAAUAAUUUUUCUAAACAAUCGUCUGUAUCUCAUCUGGAUCAGUCAUAUAAAAAUCAUUUUGGUAAUGGAAUUCAUUCAAAUUGUGAUAGUAGAAGUUGUUGUUGUUGCUUUGAUCGUUCACAUUGUUCAACCUUGGAAUCUGUACCAACAAACAGAAAUAAUAGUAAUAAUUGCUUUAAAAUGGCUAAUUCUGACAAAGCUCUUAAACGUAAUUUCAUAAAAAAUCCCAGUCGAAAAUCACAAGUUGGCAUUAGAUAUGAACGGAAACAAUCAAUACAAAAAGAAUAUCGACCUAGAUUAUCCCAUAAUUCUAUACAGAAUCAAGUUAAUCAACAAAAAAUUAAAUUGGCUCAAUUACGUGUUAAUCGACUUCGAAUGAAAAUAUACAGUGAAAAAAUUCUACGUUCUGUACUUCAUGGUAAUACAUCGUCAAUAGUAUUUAAAGAAAUUUAAUAUAAUCGCAAUUUUGAGAUGAUGGAGAAGAUUUGCAAUUCAGAUGGAUGAUUUUGAUGGAGUUUCGUUCUCUAAGCUGGAUGAUUUGGUCAUCAAGCUUUCAUCGUUCUUCUGAACGACAUCAUCAGCACAAACUUCAAAUGUUCGAAUUGUGCUGAUGAUGUUGUUCAGAAGAACGAUGGAAGCUCCACGACUAAACCAUCCAGCUUAGAGAACGAAACUCCAUCAUAAUUGCGAUUGAAUGCUCUAACAAAUACACACACAUAUAUCUGAAAUAAUGCUUAAAAUUAUCAGUAAUGAAAAACAGACUUUUACUGUAAUUUAAUUUUUAUUAGUUUUGUGUGGUCAACUUUCAUUUUUACUCAUUUUGGAUCAUUUUAACUUUAUAACAUCAAAAACCAUCUACAAUUUCUUUCAUCCCUGUGUGUAAUCAUUAUGAUUUAUAUGCUGCUUGAUUAGUUUCAAUAAAACUUAUAUCUCACUUUUUGUUUAUCAGGGCAACGAGUUCACAUAAGAAUAAUAGUAUAAUCAGAAGGGGGGUUUUGUGGAGAUUUUA